AUGGACCCCACCAUGGAGCAAACCGGCCCCCACGAGCAGAGCGCCUUGGCCAUGCUGCUCCGCGGCAUCCUGGCUUUGUAUGCCCUGCACUUUUUCGGCAGCAUCAUUUACGGGGCCUACCUCGGCCCGCUAUCCAAAUACCCCGGACCGAAACUCAACGCAGCAACCGCAAUCCCCUUCUGGUACAACACGCUGCGCGGGCGUCAAACGACCUGGAUCCAAGGGCUGCACCGGCGCUACGGCACCGUAGUCCGGCUCUCGCCCCUCCGCCUGAGCUACAUCGACGCGCAGGCCUGGAAGGACAUCUACGGCCACCGCACGGGCGGGCGGAAAGCCACGGUCAAAGACCCAAAGUUCUACAACAAGCCCGUCAACGGCGUCAACUCGCUCGUCACCGAGCCCGACGACGACGAGCACGGCCGCGUGCGCAAGAUCUUCUCCAACGCCUUCUCGCACCGCGCGCUCAUCGAGCAGGAGGCGCAGAUCCGCACGUAUGUCGACCUGCUGAUCGCCAAGACGAGGGAGAACAUCGCGAACGGCGGCGGCGAUGCGAAGAAGGCGACGUUUGAUCUCGUCAAGCUCUACAACUUCACCACCUUCGACAUCAUGGCCGACCUGACCUUCGGCGAGCCCCUGCACCAGCUCGAGAGCUCCCAGUACUCGCCGUGGGUCUCUGCCAUCUUCGGCGGCUUCAAGGCCGGCGACAUGGCGCGCAUCACGCAGGAGUACCCGGUGCUGCGGUACGUGUACCGCACGCUGGUGCCGAAGAGGUUGCUCGAGAUGCGCAAGCAGCACUUCCAGCACGCCGUGGACCGUGUGGAGCGGAGGCUCGCUGCCGCGCCGCCGCCGGGCAAGGCGGAUAUUUGGGAGCUGGUGCUGCGGGAUGGCGGGAAGUUGGACGCGGAUAAGAUGCACUCGAAUGCGGCGCUGUUCAUGCUGGCGGGCACGGAGACGACGGCGACGCUUUUGAGCGGGCUGACGUGGUACUUGCUGCGGAAUCCGGAAAAGAUGAAGAAGCUUGUGGGUGAGAUUCGCGGGGCGUUUACGUCUGAGGAGGAGAUGAACCUGGUGAAUCUGCAGCAACUGAAGUACUUGGAUGCGUGCGUGCAUGAGGGAUUGAGGUUGUAUCCGCCGGUACCUAUUGGAGGGCCACGGCAGACUCCUGAGGGGGGUGCAGUGAUUUGUGGGAAGUGGGUGCCUGGUGGUACGACCGUGUUUGUCAGCCAGUACUCUGCUUAUCACUCUCCCCUCAACUUCCGCGACCCCGAUUCCCUCAUACCAGAGCGCUGGCUGGAUGGAACAGGGUUCGAAAAGGAUAGCAAAGACGUCUUGCAGCCCUUUUCGUUUGGGCCCCGCAACUGUCUCGGGAAAAACCUCGCAUAUCACGAGAUACGGCUGAUCUUGGCAAGGACACUGUGGGCCUUCGAUAUCGAGCUUUGUGAGGAGAGUCUGAACUGGAUCAAUCAGAAGUCGUGGACUUUGUGGGACAAGCCUCCGUUGAUGGCCCGGCUUAUCCCAGCCAAUAAAACAUAA